AUGUCGCAGAUGUUCGAGCGCGUGGUCCACGUCAAGGUCGGCAAGGAAGAGGAGGUCUUCUCCAUCCACGCCGACCUGAUGACGAAGCACAUGUUCUACUUCGCGCGCGGCCUCGAGUCCGGACCGCCGGUCAUGACGUGGUCGCUCCCGACGGUGACGCCGCGCAUCUUCCACCUCCUCGUCGACUAUGUCUACGGCGGGCCGCUCAUGCUGAGCUGGGCCAACGUCAAGGACCGGCCCGACCUGGUCGACGCCUGGGUCCUGGGCGACAUGGUGGGCGCGACGCGCUUCAGCAACAUGAUCCUCGACACCAUCGCCGUCAACGCGACGCGCCCCGGCCAGCGCAAGCUGCUGCCCGACAACGUCUGCAUCAACCACGCCUACAGCCCGAACCUCACCGACGAGAACGCCGCCAUCCGCGCCCUCUUCGCCGACCUCUACGUCCACUUCGGCACGCCCGACACCAUGAACGAGCUCCUGCUGGGCCCCCACAAGCUCAAGGACUUCUGGUUCCACUACUGCCAGCGCGCGCGCAGGCGGGACGACCACGACGGCCGCGCCCGCCGCCUCGGCAGCCCGCUGCGCAUCUUCACCCCGGCCGACUACACCAACAACCACCCGCACUACGCCACCCCGCACCCCGUCCAGGUCACCCGUCCCGGCACCAAGCCCUACCUCUGCCACUACGACGGCGUCAACACCAUCGUCGUCGAGGACGGCGGCCAGCCCCUGUUCGUCCACCGCGAGCUCUCCGAGCUGCGCCAGGACAUCCUGCUGAAGUGCCCGCCGCGGGACGUCACCCUCCCGGCCGGCUGGCGCCCCGCCGCCACCAUCUUCCUCAAGUGGCUGUACGUCGGCAGCGUGACCCAGGACGACACCAGGACGUACCACCUCAAAGACUUCAUCCGCGCCUACGCCCUCGGCCUCCGCUUCCACAACCCGCAGUUCCGCGACGACCUCCUCACCGGCCUCGUCUCCUACUGCACCCGCCACCAGAUCCUGCCCUCGCCCGCCGAGCUCGCCCUCGCCUACACCGUCACCAGUUCGUCCGCGUUUACCACGUCCACGUCCACGUCCACGUCCGCGUCCGCGUCCGCGUCCACGUCCACCGCCGCCACCGCUACAGCCGCUACAGCCGCCGAGCCUCUGCACUCCCACAGCCCGCUCCGCCACUUCCUCGUCUGCUGGACGCUGACGCACCGCCACCACGGCGACCACCACGACGUCUCGGAUGGCACCACCGCCAACACCAACACCAUCGACCUCCCCACGUCGUCGUCGUCAUCGGACCCAGCCAUCCGCGCCGCCUUCCGGCGCGACAUGGACGCCGAACGCGCCGCGCGCCAGGCCAGCAUGGAGGCGGACUUGGCGGCGUCGUCGUCGUCGUCGUCGGCGUACGGGCGGGGACGGUCGCCCGCCGUCGACGAGAGGUUCGCGGGGGAUGUGGCGCUGGGGGGUGCCGUGGGGGUGGCGGCGCCGUAUUUUGGGGACGAUGUCUGUAGGUUUCAUGUGGCGCAUGGGGAUCGGGGGGUUGGUGGUGGUCGUGGUCCUGGUGGAAGUGGUGAUGGUCGUGAUGCCGAGUUCGACGAUCGCGUCGCCGCGCUGCUCGGGUACAGCACCAAGACGCAGCAGUCGAAGGCGGAGGGGGAUCGUCAGCCGGACGCGUCGGCGGCGGCGGCGGUGGUGAUGAAGAGCACCGCCAACACGGGCUGGACGAACCCGGGCGACGACGUGCGCUCGGCCGGCGGCGCGGACGUGAUCAACCCGUGCCACGCCCUGCUCCGCAAGCGGAACUGCUACGGCACCGUCGUCGUGGGAUACAGGCCGCGGCCCAUCGACAUGGACGUCGACAUCGACAGGCCCGACGCCGGCUUAUUGGGCGACGGCUCCUUCUCCCCCUCGUCCUCCAUCUUCUUCCCCCCAUCUUCGACCUCCUUCGCCGCUGCCAGUCGUCAUCGUCAUCGUCAAGACACCACCGCCGCCGCCGCGGCGAAGGGCAAAGGCCGCGCCACCGACCCGCCCGCGGCCAAAUACGCAAACGACCCGGACGUCCUCGCCGCGCUGGCCGAAGUCGAGGCCCGGCUCAACAACAUCGACAUCGCCGCCAACAGCCCGAUGCCGAGAUUGCCGAUGCCCACAACCACGACGACGACGUCCCCGCAAACUGCCCCCAUCAACAACAACAACAACAACAACAGCAACACCGUCCCUAUUCCCACAAUCAACCGCGAAACAGCCAUCUUCAACGCCCUGCGCCUCCCGCCGGGAUGGCAGCAGCGCCGCUGCGUCGACGGCCGCGCGUACUGGGUGCGUCUGUCGGCGUCGUCGGCGUCGUCGGAGAAGAAGAAAGAGGUCGAGGCGGCGACGUGGGUCGAUCCGCGGGAGGGGGUGGCGUGGAGGCGGAGCGAGGAGGUGGCGGUUGUGGGGGGCGUGGGGUGGGGCUUCAGUGGGUUCAAUGGGUUUGAGGAGGGGACGGAGGAGGGGAUGGAGGCGGGGACGGAGACGGAGGUGGAGAUGGAGGUGGAGACGGAGACGGAGGCAGAGACUGAGGUGGAGACGGAGGUUGAUGGGGAGGGAAGUGGUCAUGAUGAUGAGUGUGAGGGUGAGGAUGGUGUGAAGUCCGAUCUUGGGAAGGUGGCGCACGAGGUUGCGGCGGAGAUGGCUAAGGUGGAGUGA